CAAAGCCCACAUAAAACCCUCCUCUCCCCCACCUCUCUCAAUUCUCAACUGUGAAUCGAUCUCGCAUCAAUUCGAGGAUCUUUGUGAAUGGUUUAGCAGUUGUUAGAUUUAAUAUCUCGAGAUUCAUCUAGGAGGUUCUGAAAGCUCUUGUUGAUGGGUGCUCCGAAGCAGAAAUGGACGGCAGAAGAGGAAUCAGCACUUAAAGCUGGGAUUGCCAAACACGGGACCGGGAAAUGGUGCACAAUAUUGAAAGAUACUGAAUUUAGCCAUAUCUUAUAUUCGAGGUCGAAUGUUGAUCUUAAGGACAAAUGGCGAAACAUUUCUAUACCAUCUGGACGGGGACCUCAAAGAGCUCCUAUGGCGGUGAAAGGUAGUACCCGACAGAUUCUUAAGAAUACGAACAGGCAGAUGGCCCUUGAGAAUGUUGACGAUUACCCUGAUGAGACUAUUGAUGUUAAGCCUCUCGCAGUAUCAGCUGGAUCUCCUCAGAUCAACACUCCUAAGAAAUCAGAGGCAAAGCUAGAGACUCUUAUACUAGAAGCCAUAAUCAACUUGAAGGAGCCAACUGGGUCCAAUAAAACAACUAUUACGAUGUAUAUAGAGAACCAAUAUGUGCCUCCUCCAGAUUUCAAGCAAGCAAUGUCUGGAGAAUUGCAAAGAUUGACUGAAACUGGUAAAUUGAUUAAGGCUAAGCAUAAUUAUAAGGUAGCACUACGUUCAGAUUUUCCCGGAGGAAGAAGCUCCAAGGUUUUACAUGAAGGGAGGCAGAGGGAACCUUCUAGAGAGGAUAAGGCGGGUAUCAAACAUAUUAAAAAAUUUCCCAUUGAUACCAACUUAGAAUGGAUGGAACUUAUGACCGCACAGGAGGCAGCAGCAGCUGCUUCUCAGGCAAUUGCAAAGGCAGAAAUAGCCACGGCUGAAGCUGAAGAAGCAGUGAGACGGGCUGAGUCUGCAGAAGCUGAUUAUGAAGAAUCACAGGCUUUUGCUGAUGCAGUGGCUUUGGCUUUUCCAACAGAAAUGGAAUUAUGAUGAUAUUUGAAGUCGGAUCGGAUUCAUCUACUAUGAUGUCUGGGUUUUAAGAAACAAAGUGGCUGGUCUUUUAGGCCAACUGUAGAUAUGGUUUAGAACAUGUAUAGUCCUUGUGAUGCAGGAUUCUUUUGAGGACUCCGAAUUGGAAGUCACCCUAUUUUUUGAGAUCUUUGAACUUCUUAGUUUUCCUGCUUCACGUUAUCAAGCAAAAGUUCGAGCAGGGCCAUGGGAGGGCUUAUUGAAGCGUAUGAAGCUUUUCAAAGGGUUUAUCUCCUUUCAAAUUUGUAGAAAUCUAUUGGAGUUGGCAAGGAGAAUUUCGGUUCCCUAUCGCCGCUUGGUAUGAAAGGAGAUGAACUUCGCGUAAUUCCUUACUUUCACCUUUAUUUUUUAGUAACAUGUCAUCUAGAUUCUUGGACGCUUUAAAGAGGAAGGAAAUUGAUUUCUUAUUUCUCUUAUACAGGACUUUGAAUACGUUUCCUUGCUAGAAGGAUGAAAUGCAGUUUUGUUGUUUUUUUUUUGGGAAAAUAUAACCCAUUUCUUUUACAGUAGGACGGAGUUUGUUUUGGGUUCGGCUCCUUCGUAUUGUGUUUGUAGUAUGUGGAAAUUGCAACCUCUCUUUGUUGCAAAUGUUAUAUUUUCUUAUUUUCUCUC